CAACGGUCUUACCGACACAUCCACGAUAAAGAACAGAGUAGAUAAGUGUGGGUUUCACUCUGGAUCUCCUUUAUUUGCUUUAAGGAAUUUUAUCGUCUGAGCUCAAUCAAGAGCAAAAACACACACAUUUGAGCUCAAAUCGAUUUAGAAUUUCUAAUGGCGGCGGUGAAGGUUUACGGGCCACCCAUGUCGACCGCAGUGGCGAGGGUCUUAGCUUGUUUGCUGGAGAAAGAAGUGAAAUUUCAGCUCAUCAAUGUCGAUAUGGCUAAGGGUAAACACAAAUCUCCAGAGUAUCUCAAAAUCCAGCCGUUCGGCCAAGUCCCAGCUUUCGAAGACGAGGACAUCACCCUAUUUGAAUCAAGAUCUAUAUGUAGAUAUGUGUGUGAUAAGUACGCUGCACAAGGGAACAAGGGUUUAUACGGGAUGAACUCCUUGGUGAAAGCUUCAAUAGAUCAGUGGAUAGAAGCUGAAGGACAGAGUUUCAAUCCGCCUAGCUCAGCGUUAGUUUUUCAACUUGCAUUUGCACCUCGAAUGAAGCUCAAACAAGACCCUGAACUAAUCAAACAAAGUGAAGAGAAGCUCAAGAAAGUACUCGACAUUUACGAGAAACGACUUGGGGAGAGUCAGUUUUUGGCUGGUGAUGAGUUUACGCUAGCUGACCUUUCUCACCUCCCCAACACUCAGUACAUUUUGAACAAAACCGAUCGGGGAGAAUUGUUUACUUCCAGGAAGAAUGUGGCGAGGUGGUGGAAUGAGAUAUCUAGUAGGGAGUCAUGGAAGAAGGUGGUGGAAAUGCAGAGUGCACCUCCUGCGCCGAAGUCAUGAACUCAUAAAAUCAGCCAAAUUGUCCCCGCCUUUGUUGUGUUUGACAUUAAUAAUUCCAUAAAAUUGCAUAAUGUAAAAUUCCCUUGUUUACUUGGGUGCAUUAGUUAAGAGAGCUGGAAUGAAUUUUAAUUUCAAGUUUGAUAAUGUAUGCAUACAUGUCAUCAACCUUCUCCUAACGAUUUGAUUGAAACAAAGCUGUUGAUGUGAGGAAUCACUUGAUAAUAUUUGAAAUCCAAGGGAUCACCAUCCAUUAGUUUGAUUA